AUGGGAUCACAACCAUCCAAGCCAGCGGAAACUAAAGUUUUUACUCCCAAGACGCAGGUUGAUUUCACAAGCACUCUUCUGGCACAAUUAGAACAAUCCACGGAAGGUGAUUACACCAGACAACAGUUGGCUAAUAGAUAUUUGGAACAAAGGGUUUCGGAAAAACUGUCACAACUCGAAGAAGAGACGCUGAAAAAAUUCGAAGACAAACUCAACACCUCUUUGCUGUCCGAAGAUGGUCAUUCGAACAAUGAAUUGUCAUCGAAAGCGCUAAGUGAAAAAGUAACCCACUUAAACGAACGUUUGGCCAAGAUCAAAGAAAACCAGGCUAUCAAACUCUCAAACGAUAGCUUGAAGCAAUGCAAGGAAGCACUUGCUAAUUGUCUGAGGGACAAUGAAGGCAAACCUCUCAAUUGCUUCGAAGAGGUGCAAAAUUUCAAAAAACUGGCUUUCGAACAUUAA